AUGCCCGUGCUUGCCAUUGCGGGGGGCACCUCUGCGAGCCUCGGUCGGGCCAUUGUAUCUGCCAUUAUCUCUUCUCAAGCGACCGCAGCUUGGAGCACCGUGAUUCUCUCGCGCAGCUCAAACCGGCCCCUCUGGCUCCGUGCCAUUGACGGUGGAGGAGUGCGAACCCAGAUUCGCACCGUUGACUAUCUCGACAUUGACUCUGUUGCGGCUGCCCUUGACAAUGUCCACACCCUCGUCUCCGUCGUCUCCGCCGUGGAUGGAACGCAGGCGCGGGUCCAAAUCAACCUGCUCGACGCCGCCAUCCAAGCCGGAUGUCGGCGGUUCGCCCCCUCCUACUGGGGCUUCGGACCCCUUGGAUGGGAGAACAUCUCUUUCCUGAAGGAAACGGGAGAUCCAGUUUGGAAGGCAUGUUCGGACAGCAAAGACAAGAUUGAGUGUGCCAAGUUCAACGUUGGAACAUUCAUGAACUACCUCGGCCAUGGGAUAUACCCCAAUCCAGCGGCUGCCUCCAUCGACGAAGCAUCAGAGCUCAAGGCGCUGCAGAACGGACAUGGCUAUAGUCCUGGCGAGGAUGCUGCCUGCCAGGGUCUCCAGAGGCAAGGUGACCUCAAAGAUGGGUCGGGCGGCCUACUUAUUGGCAUCAAGAACGCCAUUGCAGAGCUGCCGGUCAAAGAGGCCGGGCAGUGGCCUCGCAUCACGUUGACAUCUUUACGGGACGUUGGCAAGUUCUUUGCGGCGUCGCUAAGCUUGUCUACGUGGGAGGAGGAAAUGACAAUGGUGGGCGAGACCUUGACAGUCGGAGAGCUGUUGACAGAGGCUGAGGCUGCGACGGGGAGAAAGUUCUCCAUCACUACAUUUACCAAGGACAGCUUGCUGGAAAGGAGGAAGACCCUGGGGCCGGAUGACUUUGACGAGCUGUUGUGGACAGAUCUCAAGCUUGCCUAUGUCAGGGAUCUAGACGAUGAAGCGGUGCUGCGGCCGGUCGUGAACAGGCUCUGCCCCGAGGUGCAGCCCGAGUCUGUUCGGAGCUUUUUGCAGGCCCAUUGGAAGGUUGUUUCCUAA